AGGCUAAUCCGCCGCAGAUUCCCGCGCUCACGGCUUGUGGCUUGCAUUUCAGCCGCCUUCUUUCCGUCCCCGAGAGCUGCGCAGAAAGAUGGAUCGGCACCGGCCUCGGCUGCACCACCCGAAGCAGGGCUCGGCCGCCGGGGCCCCCUACCCCUCCUCAGCCUCGCUCCGUGGCUGCCGGGAAAGCAAGAUGCCGGGCCGGAAGGGCCCUCAGCACCCUCCGCCCAGCGGCGCGGAGGAACCUGGAGAGAAACGCCCCAAGUUUCUGGACAAAUUUGCCAGCAUACGAAUUCCAGGAAGCAAAAAGGAGAGACCUCCACUUUCCAACCUGAAGACUGCAUUUGCAACCAAUGAUUGUUCUUCAGAGAUGAUGGAAAACAUUCCAAAGCCACUGUCAGAGAAUGAAGUCUUAAAACUCUUCGAAAAGAUGAUGGAAGAUAUGAAUUUAAAUGAAGAUAAGAAAGCACCAUUGCGGGAAAAGGACUUCAGCAUCAAAAAAGAAAUGGUGAUGCAGUACAUUAAUACUGCUUCCAAGACAGGAAGUCUUAAGAGUAGGCGACAGAUCUCACCUCAGGAAUUCAUCCAUGAACUGAAAAUGGGGUCUGCAGAUGACAUUGUCACAUGCCUGGAGUCCCUCCGCGUAUCUUUGACUAGUAAUCCUGUCAGUUGGGUGGAAAGUUUUGGACAUGAGGGGCUUGGAUUAUUACUGGACAUUUUGGAAAAACUGAUUAGUGCCAAAAUACAAGAAAAAAUUGUAAAGAAGAAGCAGCAUAAAGUCAUACAGUGUCUAAAAGCUUUGAUGAACACACAGUAUGGCUUGGAAAGAAUUAUGAGUGAAGAGAGAAGUCUUUCUCUAUUAGCCAAAGCCAUCGAUCCCAAGUACCCAAGUAUGAUGACAGAUGUGGUAAAACUCCUCUCUGCAGUAUGCAUUGUAGGGGAGGAAAGCAUCCUUGAAGAGGUUUUAGAAGCUUUAACAUCAGCUGGAGAAGAAAGAAACGUUGAUAGAUUUUCAUCUAUUGUGGAAGGUCUCAGGCAUGAUUCAGCUCAGCUGCAGGUAGCAUGUAUGCAACUCAUCAAUGCCCUUGUUACAUCUCCUGAUGAUUUGGACUUCAGGCUUCACAUCAGAAAUGAAUUUAUGCGUUGUGGAUUGAAAGAGAUAUUGCCAAAUUUAAAAUGUCUGAAGAAUGAUGGCUUGGAUAUCCAACUUAAAGUCUUUGAUGAGCAUAAAGAAGAAGAUUUGCUUGAGCUCUCCCAUCGCCUUGAAGAGAUUAGAGCUGAGCUUGAUGAAGCAUAUGAUAUUUACAACAUGGUGUGGAACACAGUUAAGGAAACUAGAGCAGAAGGAUAUUUUAUUUCCAUUCUUCAGCAUCUUUUGCUGAUUCGAAAUGAUUAUUUUAUAAGGCAACAAUACUUCAAAUUAAUUGAUGAAUGUGUAUCUCAGAUUGUAUUGCAUAGAGAUGGGAUGGAUCCAGACUUCUCAUAUCGAAAGAGACUAGAUUUAGAUUUAAGUCAGUUUGUCGAUGCUUGCGUAGAUCAAGCGAAGCUAGAAGAGUUUGAAGAGAAAGCAUCAGAACUUUACAAGAAAUUUGAAAAAGAGUUUACCGACCACCAAGAAACUCAGGCUCAAUUGCAGAAAAAAGAAGCAAAGAUUAAUGAACUUCAAGCAGAGUUACAAGCUUUUAAGUCACAGUUUGGUGCCUUGCCUGCAGAAACAAGUAACUCUUCGCCACUGGCAGAAGAAAAUGGAUCCGGCCUCCCAGCACUUGCUCCUUCCCUGCCGUUGCCCUCCUGUGGAGGAGUGCCUCCUCCCCCUCCUCCCCCACCCCCUCCUCCCCUUCCAGGAAUGCCCUUGCCCUUUGGUGGUCCUGUGCCUCCACCGCCUCCCCUGGGAUUUCUCAGUAGGCGAAACUCUCCUCCUCCACCAACCCUACCUUUUGGGUUAAAACCAAAGAAAGAAUUUAAGCCCGAAACCAGCAUGAGAAGAUUGAAUUGGUUAAAGAUCAGACCUCAUGAAAUGACUGAAAACUGUUUCUGGAUUAAAGCAAAUGAAAAUAAGUAUGAAAAUGUGGAUUUGCUUUGUAAACUUGAGAAUACGUUUUGUUGCCAACAAAAAGAGAGAAGAGAAGAGGAAGAUUUGGAAGAGAAGAAAGCUAUUAAGAAAAAAAUUAAAGAGCUUAAAUUUUUAGAUUCUAAAAUUGCCCAGAACCUUUCAAUCUUCUUGAGCUCUUUUCGGGUGCCAUAUGAGGAAAUCAAAAUGAUGAUAUUGGAAGUGGAUGAAACACAGUUGGCAGAGUCUAUGAUUCAGAACCUAAUAAAGCAUCUUCCAGAUCAAGAACAGUUAAGUUCACUGUCUCAGUUCAAGAGUGACUAUAACGACUUAUGUGAACCCGAGCAGUUUGCUGUUGUGAUGAGCAAUGUGAAGAGACUCCGGCCACGGCUCAGUGCUAUUCUCUUUAAGCUUCAGUUUGAAGAGCAGGUGAACAGCAUCAAACCUGACAUCAUGGCUGUCAGUACUGCCUGUGAGCAGAUAAAGAAAAGCAAAAGCUUUAGCAAGUUGCUGGAACUUGUGUUGCUAAUGGGAAACUACAUGAACGCUGGCUCCCGGAAUGCUCAAACCUUCGGAUUUAACCUUAGCUCUCUCUGUAAACUAAAGGACACGAAAUCCACAGAUCAGAAAACAACACUACUUCAUUUUCUGGUGGAAAUGUGUGAAGAGAAGUACCCUGAUAUCCUGACUUUUGUGGAUGAUUUGGAACAUUUAGACAAAGCUAGUAAAGUCUCUGUAGAAACGCUGGAAAAGAAUUUGAAGCAGAUGGGAAGGCAGCUUCAACAGCUUGAGAAAGAUUUGGAAACCUUUCCCCCUCCUGAGGACUUGCAUGAUAAGUUUCUGACAAAGAUGUCCAGCUUUGUUAUCAGUGCAAAAGAACAAUACGGGAAACUUUUAAAGUUACACGAAAACAUGGAAACGUUAUACCAGAGUGUGAUGGGAUACUACGCCAUUGAUGUGAAGAAGGUGUCUGUGGAAGACUUCUUUAAUGACUUGAAUAACUUCAGAACCACAUUCAUGCAAGCAAGAAAGGAGAACGUAAAAAAAAGAGAAGCAGAGGAAAGGGAAAAACGUGCCCAAAUAGCCAAAGAAUUAGCAGAGAAAGAAAGACUUGAACGUCAACAAAAGAAAAAGCGCUUGUUAGAAAUGAAGACUGAGGGUGAUGAGACAGGAGUGAUGGAUAGUCUGCUGGAGGCUUUGCAGUCGGGGGCUGCCUUCCGCGACCGAAGAAAAAGGACACCAAGGCCAAAAGAUAUUCGGCGAAGUUUCAGUCCCGUGUCUCAGAGGCCUGUUCUGAAAGUUUGUAACCAUGAAAAUCAGAAAGUGCAGUUGACAGAAGGGUCACGUUCACACUACAAUAUCAUGAACUCAACGAGGACUCCAGUCGCCAAGGAGCUUAAUUAUAAUCUAGACACUCAUACGUCUACAGAGAGGAUCAAGGCAGUUGAGAAGAAGGAAGCCUGUAAUGUAGAAAGCAACAGAAAAAAGGAAAUGGAACUUCUUGGCUCUGUUCUAAACGAAUCUGUUCCCGAAGUUGAAGCCCUGCUGGCAAGAUUACGAGCUUAUAAAUUAAACUGGUAAAAAAUGAUUAAGCCAAAUAUAAAGCCAUGCUCUAAGCUAUAACACUUGAAAAAAUGCUUUAUAUAAGUGACUUUAUAUAGUUUAAAUUAUGAUAUAUAUUAGAAAAAUAAAGCUAACUACAUGAUUGCAAUGCUUUUUUCUAUGUACUUGAGGAUUUGGCUUAUUCAAAUUGUAAUGGGUUUUAAUGCCUUUCUUGUCUCCUGGUAUUCAUGUGUUCUAUAUUUGUGGCUAAAUUAUACAUAAUGCUUAGAGAACAGGUAGGUAGCCAUGUGGUUCAGCAAUGUGUCCUGAAGAGAAUACGUUUAUUAAGUCACUGUAAUUUUUACCUUACUGUUCUUAGCAUUAAUGAUAUCAAAUUAUAAUGUCAACUCUUGGUGUGUGUAUAUAUGGGGUGUG